AUGGAUAACGUCGUCGGGAACGUGACGUCAUGGUUUCGCAGGGCUGUAGCCGGCGGUUCAGACGAGCCUAAUCGCAGCAGCAGCUCGACGCAGUCUCUGCACCAAGUGGUACGCUUCAAUGUGUCUAACCAAUUUCUUACAACGUUGAGAGAUAAGGUGCUGAACAUUACCCCCAGCCUUGGCGAGUCACCACCCAGCGAUGCAGCAGCAGCAGAGGGAGCAGCAGUUGAGGGAGGAGGAGCAGCGGCAGCUGGAAGAGGCACUCAGGCUCUCCUUGCAGGAGCAGCAGCACGUGCCGAGCCAUCAGCCAUGGGUGCCGAGCCAACAGCAUCAAGUUCCGAAGCACCAGCAUCAAAGCCAGGCGGAGUGGGGCGAGGUGGGGGUGGGGGUGGUGAGGGGGCGCCAGACACGAGCAACGAUGAGGAGAUAGCGCGGUUGCUGCAGCAGGAGCUGAGCCUCGAAGAGGGCGGGCUCUCGCAUUUGCCUUCAGCACCUCCUGUUGGCAGCAACAACAGCAGCAGCAGCAGCAGCGGUGGGGUGGGAAGCGCGGGAGCAGGGAGGGCAGCGGGCGGAGGGCAGCAGCACCCUGUGUGGUCGGCGCUGGUGCCGGCCGUGUGUGCGGGGUGCAAUGGGCCCUUGGGCUUCUCCCCGGCCCUCUCGUCCAUGGGAGGGUUGUGGCACCCGCACUGCUUCACAUGCCACGCGUGCAAGCAGACCAUCUCAGAGAAACAAUUCAACAUCAAGGACGGCAAGCCAUACCAUGCAGCAUGCCACCGACAGCUCUUCCACCCCAAGUGCACCGUCUGCCAGGACUUCAUCCGCCCUAACCCAGCAGGCAUGAUCAACUUCCGCUCGCACCCCUUCUGGGGCGACAAGUGGUGCCCCGCCCACAUGACUGACAGCACGCCCUCCUGCACCUCCUGCUCCCGCCUGCAGUCCCGCGGUUCCCCCCCAUUUAUUGAUCUGCCAGAUGGGCGGCACCUCUGCCUUGACUGCGUUGACUCCGCCGUGCUAGACUCCGCAGACUGCCGCCCGCUUUUUUCGUCCGUUAGUGCCUUCUUUGCUCAGCUGGGGAUGCCAGUGAGGCAGCAGAUUCCGGUGCUGGCAGUGGAGCAGCAGGCAUUGAAUGACGCACAGAGGGCGGAGAGGGAGGGCCAUGAGCACGGGUCUCUCACGCGGGGCCUCUGCCUGUCAGAGGAGCAGACCAUUCAGAUGGUGGUGCGUUUGCCCGGCUCACUCACCCACGCCUCCUCCUUCUCGGCAGUGGGGCAGCAGACCAUGACAGUGUCCCGCCACUGCGCGGUCACUGCUAUCCUCGUGCUCUAUGGGUUGCCCAGAGUACUGACCGCGUCCAUCCUAGCGCACGAGCUCAUGCACGCAUGGUUCAAGCUCGACGGGGGUUUCCGCCAUUUGCCCCCAGAGCUAGAGGAGGGCAUGUGCCAGGUCAUGGCGUAUUUAUGGCUGCAAACCCAGGCCCCUCCAGCCCCACACGCCCCAUCACAAGCCCCAUCACAACAAGCCUCCUCCGCUGCUCCACUAGCUCACGAGGCGCACAGCAGCUUCCAGCAGCGCUUUGCAGCGUUCUGCCUGCACUCCAUUGCUACUGAUGCCUCCCCCGUGUACGGCGAUGGGUUUCGUGCUGCCCAUGCUGCUGUGCUGAAACAUGGACUGCUGCCUACUCUCGAGCACAUUCGCGCAUACAGAGCACUGCCUAGAGUGUAG